UCUUGGUAAUGUUGUGUUGAUGUGGCUCGUCAGAGGAUUCUGAGCUAGUUGGAUAUAAAAAAUAUGGAUAAUUCAGGUAAAGAUAAAGAGGCCAUGGCUCUCAUGGCAGAAGCCGAAAAGAAAGUCAAAUCAUCACAGUCGUUUCUUGGUUCGUUGUUUGGGGGCUCUUCAAAGAUGGAGGAGGCAUGUGACAUGUAUGGACGAGCUGCUAACAUGUUUAAGAUGGCAAAGAACUGGAGUGCUGCAGGAAAUGCCUUCUCCCAGGCUGCCCUUCUUCACUUGCAGAUGCAGAGCAAACAUGAUGCUGCAACCAACUUUAUUGACGCUGGAAAUGCCUUUAAAAAAGCAGAUCCACAAGAAGCCAUAAACUGCUUGAUUAGGGCCAUCGAGAUUUACACAGAUAUGGGCCGUUUCACAAUUGCGGCAAAGCAUCAUGUGACCAUUGCGGAGAUUUAUGAGACUGAGCUUGUUGACAUUGAAAAGGCCAUAGCUCACUAUGAGCAGGCUGCUGAUUACUACAAAGGAGAGGAGUCCACAAGCUCAGCUAACAAAUGUCUUCUUAAAGUUGCCACAUAUGCUGCACAGCUGGAACAGUACCCAAAAGCUAUUGAAAUAUAUGAGCAGGUAGCAACACAUGCGAUGGACAGCACUUUGCUAAAAUACAGUGCCAAGGACUACUUUUUUAAGGCAACUCUCUGCCACUUCUGUGUUGACAUGCUUAAUGCCAAGCUUGCUCUGCAGAAGUAUGAGGAAAUGUUCCCAGCUUUUUCAGACUCCCGUGAAUGCAAAUUAGUCAAGAAACUUCUUGAUGCGUAUGAGGAGCAGAAUGUUGAUGUAUAUACUGACUCGGUGAAGGAAUACGAUACAAUCUCACGACUGGAUCAGUGGCUCACCACCAUGUUGCUGCGCAUUAAAAAAACCAUAGAGGAGGACGACAGUGACCUUCGUUAACAGCGUUCUCUUCCCUAGUCUUGUUUUUUUUGUUCUAACUUUGCUGUUAAUUUUUUUCUUAUUUUUCUUACUAGCAGUUAGGUGACUUCUGUCUUUGAGGCCCAGCUGCCUCUAAUUGCUUAAAGUGUAUAUAGGCCUGAGUUCAAAAAAUGAAGAACACUAAUACAUUACAUACUGGAGCAGUGUUCUAAAAGUGCCAUAGAUUUGUUACCAGCAGUAAUGUGUGGAGUGCUGUGCACACGUUGCCUUUGAAUUCUUGCUUUCUGCUCAUUGCAUUGAGCAGUUUUACUACUAUGCACAAAAUGCUUUUUGAUUUAUUCUUAUUUUUGUUUUGUUUUUAGGUAUGCCAUUAUAAAAUCCUUAAAAUAUA